GGUGUGUGGAAUUUAUAUAUUGCUGUAUGAGGGAGAAUUAAUUGAACACAUAAACGACUUGCUCACGCAUUCCAUCACAGACAAAGCCAGAGACAUGUAUUUCGAUGAGUAUCGUAAGUUUAAAGCCUUAUAUGAAAGUAUGCGGAAGGGUGAUGAGACAGAAGUGAUACGUCAAUAUGCAAUGAUGUCCGAGGAACCAUCAAGCAGAAUGACUGUCUGUGAAGAUACAGUCCUUCAUAUGGCGAUCAAUAUGAGGCAUGAAAGCAUUGCCAGCGAAAUCUUGAAGCAUCACAUCAAAGAUCCUGGAACAUUGACUCGGAAGAAUGUGUUCGGAGACACCAUACUCCACGAAGCUGCUUCCACCAACAUGACAAAACUAGUAAAGGAAUUGCUGGAGAAGGAACCGCUAUUACUAUCCAUGCCUAAUAAGUACGAUGAAAUGCCUCUGUUUAAAGCAGCCCAAUUUGGUCACACUGAAAUGUUCAAGCUUCUUGCUGGUGAAGUGGAGAAUGAAGGUCCAGAGAAAGCUAAUCAUCAUCUGUCUAGGAGCGACAAAACUAACAUCCUUCACAUGGCUAUCCUUGCCGAGUUCUUUGAUCUGGCAUAUAUGAUAGCUAAAAAGUACCCGGGCUUGGUUGCUGCGAAAGACGGAAAGGGGAAGAUAGCGCUUCAGCUGCUCUCAAGUAAUCCAUCCGCAUUCAAGAGUGGGAGCAGCUAUGGUUUACUGAAGAGUUUCAUUAAUUAUUGUGUUCCCGAUGAUGAUGCGGAGAGGAAAGACAGCAGUGGUGAAGAAGACAGAGAUAAAGGUAUGUUAGAUGUGGACCAAGAAGGUGAGGAUGGUGAUAAAGCAAGAGACUCCAAGCUCCUCCAAAUGCUUAAAGUUUUUGUCAACUUCUUCUUUAUGAUAAUACAAACAAUUUCUUCAGUUCUAAGGAAGAUGAAUCAAUCACUUUGGAGCCUUUUUCGUAAAGGUUGGCCAAUGAUGGAAAAUAUCAGGAAAGAGAAGAGAAAACAUGAAUCUGCUUUAAGGCUUGCCAAACUAUUGAUUGCAGACGACACUUCAUGGGAACUUAUGAGCACCGAAGAAGACAUAGGAAAGAUAAGCGUUCUGAACCCUGAAGCAGAAGAAGAAGAAGAAGAAGAAGAAGAAGAAGAAGAAGAAGGACGCAGAAAAACAAAAGGAAAGCAAGGAAAAUUAGGAGCCUGUGUGACUACUCCACAAACACUGGAAACAUCAAAAGCAAACAAUUUUUUAGAUGGUGAAGCUGGCUCGACACCAACCCCAACCUCAUUAGCACAAGCCCCAGAUACAUCAAAAGCAAACAAUUUAGACGGUGAAGCUGAAACCUCAUUGCUAUUAGCAACUAGCAAUGGAAUAGUAGAGAUUGUUAAAGAGAUACUUAAUGUAUAUCCUCAAGCAGUUGAACAUGUUAGUCGUAAGGGGCAGAACAUAAUGCAUGUGGCUAUUAAGAACCGUCAAAAAGAGAUAUUUAACAUGGUCAAGAAGAUGGAAAUACCAAUGACCAGGUUGGGUCGACGGAUCGACAAAAAUGGCCACACCUUGUUGCACCAUGUUGCUCUCAUGCAUUACUACAGUGGAGGAACCCUGCCUGGUCCUGCACUCCAACUACAAGAGGAACUGCAUUGGUUUGAUCGUGUGCGGAAGAUAAUUCCUCCCCAUUAUGAAAUGCACCGCAGCCGCUACAAGGAUAAGACUGCUCAAGAAUUCUUCAAAAAAACACACUCUAAACUCCUCAAGGAAGCUCAGGAGUGGCUAAAGAGGACAUCAGAGUCAUGUUCUACUGUUGCUGUUCUCAUUGCCACAGUUGCCUUUGCUGCUGCCUACACUGUACCAGGAGGAUCCAAUCAAGACACCGGUCUUCCUGUCCUCCUGCAUGAUCCUAUUUUCUUGGUUUUCACUGUCACGGAUGUUCUAUCUUUGGCAAGCUCCUUGACUUCUGUUGUAAUGUUCCUGUCAAUCCUCACUUCCCCAUUCCAGCUUCAGGAUUUCCGCCACUCUCUCCCUCAAAAAUUGAUACUCGGUUUCUCUUUCCUCUUCUUCUCGGUCGCAGUGAUGAUGCUUACAUUCACCGCGACCAUUUUGCUCAUUGUUCAUUUGAAGAAACGUUGGACUACGCUUCUCGUUUACACCGUUGCAUUCCUUCCGGUCAGCAUAUUUGCUCUCUUGCAGGUCCCUUUGUAUUUGACAUUUAUGAAGACCUUGAAGAGCUCAAUCAAUCUCAUCAGGGUUCCUAUUAAUUCCGUCCUUAGUUUGGUUAGGGCCACUCUGUCCUCCAUUUGCAAGAGGCGUUGAGAUGAAUUAUAAGCAGUCUUCCUACACUCUUUUCUAUCAUUACUGCUCUCCUAUCUCUUAACCUCCCUUAAAAUAACCUUCCAAGGUGUUUGUUAUCUGUUUUGAGCUAUCAAGCUUUAUUAAUAGAGUAUCUGAUCUCUCUGACCGCAAGAAAGUAUAAAUCCUUUCCAAUGGCCACUAUCUCUCAAUUGAAUUAAUAUACAUGCAACAAUCUCAGAAAAAAACAGCAAUUCACCUCUUCAAGACCCUCAAUCAUGCCGCUAAGAGCUGAUACUUAGUUUUCAUUUGUUUUUCAUAUAAGCUGAUAGAAACCGGGGGACUCACUACCAAUGUGGCCCUUUGAUUUUGCUUUCCAUCUAUUUGAUUGCGAAGGAAUAAUAAGAAAUUGGAGAAAUUAAUUUAAUUUUCCAAAUUGGGUUA